AUGGGGGACAUAGAAUGGUUUCGCUUUUUGCAGUCCCAGGGGGCGGGCUGGGGCAGCCCGCAUAGGUAUACUCGAUCACAUCAGUUUCAGAGUCCGCUGGCAGCCGCAGUCUACCACAGCCACAUCGAUAUUGUCAGGUUGCUUAUCCAAGACGGGGCCGUGGUCAACGAACAAGGAUUUUCUGAGAUGUACGGCAGCGUUCUGGCCGCUGCAGCUCACCGGGCCAACAUCAACCAGGUUCUCGAUACAGGUAACUUUGCGUCGGCUCUGGCUGCAUUUGCAUCUGGAGGGAGCAUGGAUAUCCUCAAAAUCCUUAUUGAGCGUGGUGGCGAUGUCAACAUUCGAGGACCUAAUCGCGCGAUUUACGGGAGAGGCUGGCUCGACACUGAGCUGGCCGAAGCAGCGGAAGGCGGGCAUAUUCACUGUCUUCAGGUCCUGCUUGCUGCAGGUGCCGAUGUCAACUACAGCCCACCUUCGGAUUGCGUGCGAGCCCUGGUCGAAGCCGGAGCGGAGAUCAACCAACGGCUCGAGGGUCCCAAGAAGCCUGAUUAUUCCGGGAGCGCGUUAGCGGACGCAGCGUCAAGCAGGAAUCUGGGUUGUCUGCUUGCUCUGAUUGUGGCGGGCGCCGACGUCAACCAGUCGCCAUUGUCUGAGCUUGAGAAAUGUAAAUUCGGGAGCCCGUUUACAGCUGCCGUAACAAGCGGCGAGCUGGAGUGCGCCAGAAUGCUUAUCGAGCGCGGCGCCAACGUCAACCAAGUCUUCCCGCCUCAGCAGUUUGGUAGCAGUGCCCUGGUCGCAGCUGCCCUCCAAGGCCAUUCCUUGUGUUUACAGCUCCUGCUCAGCAACGGCGCUCAGCCUGACCUGCCCCAAUGGCCGUCAGAUGCCGAGAAGUUCGGCAGUGCUCUAGCUGCCGCUGCUUGGAAUUCAAGACUACGUCAACAGACGGCUUCGGUCGGGUAUUACGGCAGUGCUCUCGUGGCGGCUGCUUCGAGGGGAGACGCGGGGAUCGAGUGCAUCAGUGAACUCAUCUCCUCGGGUGCCGAUGUCAACAUGUCCAUCGAAUCCGGAGACUUUGGACGCUGCCUCGCUGCGGCAGCUGCUUGCAGCAAGGCUUUUGAGAUGACAAGCUACCUAACCAGUGCUGGCGCCGACGUUAAUUUGCAGCUUUGCACUGGAUACUUCUGCAGUGCUCUGGCUGCGGCGACCUGGUCGGGGAAUCAGUGGUGUAUUCGCGAGCUCCUCGAUGCUGGCGCAGAUGUGAAUCAAGAAGCUAUUACUGUCCCAGAGCCCAUAUCCGAGAGCCUUUGGGAACAGAGUAUGCUCAAAGGCACCACUGCGUCCUUAGUACAGAACGGCUUUGGAGGUGGCCGAUCUGAGCCCGAGUGA